GAAUGUGAUAGAUAUGAUUGGCAGAAAGGCUAUCAAAUAAUUAAGGGGAUUUGCCAGGGUUUAAAUUACCUACCCAAUGAAUUAAAACCUCCUAUGUAUCAUUUUGAUUUAAAGCCAGCCAAUAUAUUGCUGGAUGAGAACAUGGUUCCCAGAAUUGCAGAUUUUGGGAUAUCAAGGCUCUUCAAAGAUGAACAGACACGAGCUACAAAAAGUACUUUAGGAACAAUUGGGUACUUACCGCCGGAAUACAUUAAAAAAAUUUGAUCUCAAAUAAGUUCGAUAUAUUCAGCUUAGGUGUUGUAAUCAUAAAGAUAAUGGCAGGACGUGCGGGCUACUUCAAUAGUGCUGACAUGUCUUCUCAAGAAUUCAUUAAUCUUGUGCAGAAAAACUGGACGAAUAGGCUAGUUGAAACAUCGAAUCUGAGGAACGCAUAUUCCGAGCAAGUAAAGAUAUGCAUUGAAAUCGGGUUAAGUUGUGUGCAGGAGGAUCGACACAAAAGGCCAGCUAUACAUGAUAUUGUCCAUAGACUGAACGAGACAGAAACUAAGUAUUUUGCGGCAAGGAUGGACUUGUUCAAUUUUCAGGAGGCGAAUAGGAACACUUCCCCUGACUAUGCUCAAGAUCCAAAUGAUCGACACACUGAGCAAAUAUACCAUGGACCCACUUUUAAUCAGUAUGCUCAUUUUACAUUUGAAAUUCUGUUAGUUAUGGUUAUGGGCCAUCUGGUCUAAUAUGUUAUUGACAUGGAAUUUUUUUAACCUCCUUUUCUUGCCUGACACAACCUUACUGGGAUACAGUAGCUACUAUGUACUCUAAUUGUUUUGAAGGAAAUGCUGGUCCUAGUGAAGUAAGAUUAGGUGAUGACUCACAAUUCUAUUGGAAUGAUAAUCAAGAGUACUCACCUGAUAAUUAAAAAAGAUUCCAGAUCAUAUCUAUUGAUAUAUAUAUAUACAUACUUUUAACCUAGAUUAUCCAUUACCUGGUGUGGAGGGAUUUCAAAUUGACGGCAAUCCUAGACCAGGGUUUACUAUGUUAUUGACAUGGAAUUUGUUAACCUCCUUUUCUUGCCAUGUUAUUGACAUGGAAUUUGUUAACCUCCUUUUCUUGCCAUGUUAUUGACAUGUUAUUGACAUGUUAUCUGUUAGUUAUGGUUAUGGGCCAUCUGGUCUAAUAUGUUAUUGACAUGGAAUUUUUUUAACCUCCUUUUCUUGCCUGACACAACCUUACAGGGAUACAGUAGCUACUACGUACUCUAAUUGUUUUGAAGGAAAUUCUGGUCCUAGUGAAGUAAGAUUAGGUGAUGACUCACAAUUCUAUUGGAAUGAUAAUCAAGAGUACUCAGCUGAUAAUUAAAAAAGAUUCCAGAUCAUAUCUAUUGAUAUAUAUAUAUAUAUAUAUAUACAUACUUUUAACCUAGAUUAUCCAUUACCUGGUGUGGAGGGAUUUCAAAUUGACGGCAAUCCUAGACCAAGGUUUACUUUAACAGCAUGUUGUUUCCCUACAAAAGGUGCUACACUGGUUAUUUUCCAGUGGGUUCGCUAUUUUGAAGAUGGCACAAGGCAGCCUAUUGAAGGUGCUACGAUGUAUGAGUACUUGGUUACGGCUGAUGAUCUUGGCGCUCAUCUUGCUGCAGAAUGCAUUCCUAUGGAUGAUAAUGGUCGACAGGGUGAUUUGGUGAGGGCGUUUGCUAAUAGUGAGUACAAGAUAACUUCUGAUGAAGACAUACAGAAUUACAUCACUAUUUGUAUUUCGAUGGGAAGAGCUGACUUUGAUGUUUUUGUUUUGGUACAUCUCGAGCAGGGAUAUUCUCCUGAUGAAUGGAAAAAGGCGACAUUGGUGCUUACACAAACCGGAUAUCAAAUUAACUUCAGCCAUAAGAAUGAAGCUGUAAUUGACCACAAAUAUUCACCAAAUCUACAUAUACAAGUUCCCAGUGGACGAACUACUGAGUUUGUUUUAUUAACUUCUGGGGGUGUAACUCAUACAUUCGAGACACGAGGAAUAACAGGGCACAAUGACGUGGAUAACGACUUUAGGCUACGUGAUCUAAUCAUAUUGGUCCUGAGAACUUUCCAGUAUAAGGCCAACGAGGAAAGUGCGAUUGUCAGCGCGUUAUCAAAUGUUAUUGCUGCUGUUGAUCCUUGGAGGAGAUAGAUUCUUGCUUGGAUUUCAAUAGCUGGAGCACAGAUUGUUUCCUAAUUUAAACAUUCAGGUGUCUGCCUCUACUUAUUUUUCUUGUAAAACACGUUUGAGAGCUCUCCUAAUUUUGACUUUGUUGAUGCGUACUGAUUCCAAAAGGGUAAUUACGUCGAUGUCAACUAACUGUGAGUUAUAUUAUUCUCUCUUUUUUUCCUAGCCCCCAUCCACCGUAUGUAUGUGCACAAAUAUAAUAGCUUCGAUCCACGGUGGCUUAUAUAGUUAUCAACUAGCUAGAAUAGCUCCCAUCCAGCAUGGUUUGCAGACCAU